AUGGCUGGCCUAUUAAUAAAACAGACUCUAUCCGUGAUCUUCCUGCUUGUCUCCUUUUGGGAUCAGGUUGAAUCAGAUUCUUCUCAAUAUGCAACCCCAGAACCAAAAACAUCCACAGAUGUUGGAAACCAUUUACCAGUGGUGGAGACUAUUCAUUUCUCAGGAUCAUCUAGACCAAAGCCAAUAACAGUGAAUGUAACAAAGGUUACAAAGAUUGUGCUGUCCUGCAAUUUGACUCUUCUGGCUACACACAAAUCUCCAAUAACUGGCAUGUGGGAAAAAGAUGGAAACAAGAUUGACAAAAGGGAAUUUGAUUUUGACCAGAACACUGGCCACCUGUUUCAAAACUAUGAGUUUGAUUUUCAGAAUGGCAGUGAUGCUGGGACCUAUACUUGUGUCUUUGAUACAAACCCAAAAUCGGAAGGCAGGUUUGAAGUACAAAUUCCUCCUGUUUGGACCAAAAAUAUGAAAGAGAUACGUUCCGAUGGUGAUCAUAUUAACUUAACCUGCAAAAGUGACCAAUAUAUUCCCCUUUACUGGAUUUGGUCAAAGGAAGUCAAAGGCAGCAAGGUGACCCUGAGUAAUGAAACAGAAGACCAAUAUUACAUCUAUAGUAUUGGCAACAAAUCAUCACUUUUAAUAAAAAGCCUGAUAAUGGAUAACACCACUUAUUAUCACUGCGAUGCUGUCUAUGAAGUGGGGUUCAGUGGUCUGCGGAUUCAUCUGAAGGUUAACAGCCUGGUUGCUGCAGUCAUACCAUUUGUUUGCAUUGUUGCUGAAGUGCUAGUUUUAGUUAUCUUCAUUCUUGUUUGUGAGAGAAAGAUGAAACAGAAAGAAGAUCUUGCUGAAGGAGAAAAAUUUCCAGAGAGACUGACCACAGACGAGUUACUCGAUUCCACUGAAAAUGGAGCUCGGCACAGAAAGGUUGAAUCUGCUUCAGUGCAAGAAAUGCAGAACUGAGCAAAAACCUGUUGGAGUACCACUAUUUUGACAUGCACAAAUGUGGCACAACAGACAUUGAAUUAUUA